AUGCAGGAAACCGGGCAGCGCCUCGCCUCCACCUGCCGCCCGCAGAAGCAGCAGCUCCUGCCCGGCGGCGGGGGGGAUGCUGCCGCCGCCGCCGCUUGCCCCAAGCAGCUGACCUCUUUCCUCAUCCAAGACAUUCUGCGCCAGGGUGGCUCUGGAGGGGCGAGGGCCGGCGCGGGCGCUUUUACCUCUGAGCCGGAGGCAGCGAGGAACGCCGGGCAGGCGCCGCCGUCGCAGCAGCAUCCGCAAGGGCUCUGUCCCUUGGAGGCCGCCCAGAGGGAUCUUCUCCCUGCCGGAGCUGUCCGAGUCUCCGAGAAGCCUUGCGAGGGGGAUGCCACAGAUCCGUCUGCAGAGACCUGCCUCUCUAGCUGUGAGAACCCUCCUCCCAGAUCUUUACUGAGACCCCCAAAGCAGCAGAAGCGUUCCCGGGCUGCCUUCUCCCAUACUCAGGUCAUCGAGCUUGAAAGGAAGUUCAGUCACCAGAAAUACCUAUCUGCACCGGAGCGUGCCCACUUAGCCAAGAACCUGAAGCUCACCGAAACCCAAGUGAAAAUCUGGUUCCAGAACAGAAGGUAUAAGACCAAGCGGAAGCAGCUAGCCUCAGAACUCAGUGGGCUUGACAAGCGCUCUGCCAUCCCGGCCUUCAAAGAACAUGACUUCUCCAGGGCUACGCUAGCCCUUUCUGUGUACCAUAGCUACCAGUACAACCCCUAUGUAUGCUACUUGAAUAGCUGGAGCCCAGUCUUGUGGUAA